AUGCCGGAGGGCGUGGCCAAGGAUGGCAAGGAUGGCAAGGAGGACGGGAAGUCGAAGGCCAAGGUCAAGGAGGCGUCGCCGCGCCGCCGGCCCGCCGGCAACACGACGAGGGUCAACGUGGAACUCCUCGACGGCUCCAAGAUGGAGUUGGACGUCGAUAGGAAGAUCCGAGGCCACGAGCUGCUGGCGAAGGUGUGCGACAGCCUCAACCUGGUGGAGAAGGACUAUUUCGGUCUACUCUACGAGGACCGCGGUGAUCCGCGUGUCUGGAUAGACCUCGAGAAGCGGGUGUCGAAGAUGAUCAAACGCGAGCCGUGGGACGUUCGGUUCGCGGUGAAGUUCUACCCGCCGGAGCCAGCUCAGCUGCAAGAAGAACUCACCAGGUACCAGCUGGUGCUAGCCGUGAGGAGGGACCUGCUGGAAGGGCGGCUGCCGUGCUCGGCGGUGACGCACGCGCUUCUCGCCAGCUACCUGCUGCAGUCGGAGCUGGGCGACUACGAGGAGUCGGAGGUGGGCGCCGGGCUCUGCAGCCAGCUCCGGCUGGUGCCGCCCAACUCCUGCACCCAGGAGCUGGAGGAGAAGGUCCUCGAGCUGCACAAGACCCACCGCGGCCAGACGCCCGCCGAGGCGGAGCUGAACUACCUGGAGAACGCGAAGAAGCUGGCCAUGUACGGCGUGGACCUGCACCCGGCCAAGGACUCGGAGAACGUGGACAUCACGCUGGGCGUCUGCUCCUCGGGGCUGCUGGUGCACAGGGAGAAGUUGCGCAUCAACCGGUUCGCGUGGCCGAAGAUCCUGAAGAUCAGCUACAAGCGGCACAACUUCUACGUGAAGCUUCGCCCCGGCGAGUUCGAGCAGUUCGAGUCGACGGUCGGCUUCAAGCUGGCCAACCACCGCGCGGCCAAGAAGCUCUGGAAGACCUGCGUCGAGCACCACACCUUCUUCAGGCUGACGAGCCCCGAGCCGGCGCCGCGCGGCGCGCUGUUCCCGCGGCUGGGCUCGCGCUUCCGCUACAGCGGGCGCACGCACUACGAGUCGCGCGCGCAGCCGCCGCAGCGCGCGCCGCCCCACUUCGCGCGCACGCUCUCCUCGCGCAAGCUCUCCUCGCGCAGCAUGGACGCCUUGGCAGCUGGAGACAAGGACGAGUCCAUGCCGCCUGACGCCGCCAAGCGUCACACGAUGCCCCCACAACCUGCACCCAGGCCCACCAUCAAGGACAAGAAGCCACCACCGGGGGCAGUGAAGGUGAUGCCAACUGCGCCGCCGGACAAGAAAGAGGAGAAGAAAAUCGCGGAGAGAAAGCCCGCAGAGAAUGGCACAGACACAACCAGCGAUCCGGGUCUUACAAACAACGCCGAGACACCCAGGAAGUCUAAGGCGGGAGGCUUCGGGCUUUUCGGGGGCAGGAAGGACAAAUCGCCUAAAGAAGAAAAAUCUCCUAAAGACAAAUCUCCCAAAUCGAAAGACAAAUCGCCGAAAGAAAAAGACAAGAAACUAAAGGACGUUAAAGCGAAGGUCGCCGUACUCGAUACGUCUAACGACAGCUCCAAUUUGGACAGCUCUGUUGAAAAAAGUCCAGUCAAAGGUGACGGAAAGCCCAGUUUCACUAAACCUUACGAAUAUACUGAUACAGAGAAAAGUCCUUCUCGCACAAAGCCCUUCAUACAAGGGGCAUUCAGCUACGAGAAGCCAAUUUCUGAUGAAAAGCAACGAAAUCUCGAUGAAAGCCAGAGUCCGACUACUCGAAAGGCGGGACUGGCAUUCAAUUACGCGCCGGGUGAAGAUAAGAAAGUGGCCGAGAGUGCGGAGAAACGUAAAACACCCGAAGAUCCUAAACUAAAAACACCAGGCAUUGAUUACGUUCAAUCGGCCGCUCUCAAGGAACAGGCCAAAGGACCGAAACAUCUCAUAGAUCCAACCUUGGCCUUGUUGGAUUCAGAGAGAGCACACCACGAAACACCUGUUGCCGCUGCAGUGCCAAUCACGAAGAAAGAAAAUGAGAUCCAAGUCGUUAUUAUCACGGGCCGAUACAAUCCAAAGACGAAGAAACUCGACGAUGCCAAUGGUACUAUUAUUGUAACUAAGGGUACUUUGAACAAAGCUAACGGAAAGGUAGAAACGGAGACGGAAUUGAUUAACACAAAGUCUGGUCAGGUGAAUUUUACCGAUCCUGCGACAGGAAAACAGGAAGUUAAGAAUGGUCACGUUGAUUCAAAAUCUGGCCACAUACUAUUUACAUCUGGCGUGAUUGACCCUAAGACAGGUAAAAUCGACCCAACGUUGGCACAGCAAUAUUGUUUUGUUGAGAAGUCUGAAGACAAAGUUGGUGCUAAACCUGGUAAGGAAGUCAAUUUAGUUGUUAUAACUAGUAAAUAUGAUGGGAAACAUAAAAAGCUUGACCCUUCACAUGGACAUGUUGAUGUUUCUAAGGCUAUUGUUGCACCAGACGGUAUGGUUAGUUCAAACUACGGCCUGAUUGAUCCGAGAACUGGUAAAAUCGAUUACAUUGAUCCUAAAACUGGCAAACAAGAUCCAAAACAGGCAUAUGUUGAUCAAAAGACUGGUAAUCUUUUAGUAACAACCGGCGUCAUUGAUCCAAAAUCCGGUAAAAUAGACUCAUCACUUGGACAACAGUUCAGUAUAGUUGAAAAAGAUGCAACCAAGGCUAAUAGGGAAGUGAGAUUGGUUGUGAUAACAAGCAAAUACGAUAUCAAAAAUAAAAAACAGGACCCAACUUUUGCUCACGUAGAUUCAAUCAAAGGAGUUUUGAGUGGUACAGACGGCAAGAUUUACUCCGAAUAUGGAAUUAUAGACCCUAGAACUGGUGAAAUUCAAGUGACAGAUUCAAAAACGGGAAAACAAGAAAUCAAAAACGCCCAAGUGGAUCCAAAGACUGGAAACAUUUUACUACUGUCGGGAGUUAUUGAUCCUAGAACCGGGCAAUUGGAUACUACUCUAGGACAGCAAUACAGUAUUGUUGACAAGCCAAUUUCCACGUUCGCCUCGGUUCCUGGCAAGGAAGUUCAAGUAGUAGCAAUUACUAGCAAGUUUGACGCGAAGAAUAAAAAAUUAGACACACCCAAUGGAUUCAUCGAGGUAUCCCAAGCCGUUAUCAGUGAUAAAGAUAGUAAAGUACACUCGAACUUUGGCAUUUUGGAUCCUAAUACGGGAAAAAUUCACUUUACAGAUCCAAAAACCGGUAAAAGAGAUUCAAAACAAGCUACGAUAGAUCCAAAAACUGGUAGCUUCAUUUUAACUUCCGGAGUAAUCGAUCCAAAGACUGGCAAAGUUGAUUCCUCACUUGCUCAACAAUUAAGUGUUGUUGAUAAAGAUGCUCCAAAAGGAAUACCAGAAAGGCGUGUAAACCUGGUUGUUGUAACAGCCAAAUGUGAUCCUAAAACCAAGAAACUAGAUGUCGCGACUUCCUAUGUUAAUACGUAUCCUGGGACAAUUGAUUCCGAUGACAAGGUUCACACAGAGUUUGGAUUAAUAGAAACUAGCACGGGACAAAUUACUAUCACUGAUCCACUAACCGGUAAGAAAGAAGUUAAGAAAGCGACAGUUGAUUCUAAGACCAGUAAUUUACUCCUUACAUCGGGUGUUGUUGAUCCUCGAACUGGGCAAUUGGAUUGCACCUUAGGUCAACAAAUCAGCAUCAUUAAGACGCCUAAAGAUACAUUUGCUGCUGUACCUGGAAAGGAAGUGCAAUUAGUUAUUAUUACAAACAAAUACGACUCAAAAAACAAACGGUUGGAAAAUCCUAAUGGACACGUCGAUACUUCAAGGGCCAUUGUUUCUUCUGAUGGUAGAAUCCAUUCUAAUUUUGGUAUCUUGGAUCCUAAAACUGGGAAAGUGGAACAUUUUGAUUCUGUAACUGGUAGACAAGAAAUAAAACAAACCGUAGCCGACCCAAAAACUGGUUAUUUCAUACUUUCAACAGGUAUUGUAGACCCUAAAACCGGUAAAGUAGAUUCAUCACUUGCUCAACAAUGGUCUGUAGUUGAUAAAGAUACACUAAAAGGUCCCUUCGAAAAACAUAUUAAUUUGGUCAUAGUCACAGCUAAAUAUGAUGCCAGAAACAAGAAGUUGGACCUCACUAAUGCUGAUAUUAAUUCUAUUCCUGGAGUUAUAAAAGAAGACGAUAAAGUUUAUACAGAAUUUGGGAUUGUUGAACCUUCUACAGGACAGAUUACUACCGUUGAUCCAAUGACAGGGAAACAUGAGAUUAAAAAAGCAAUUGUAGAUAGUAACACUGGUAAUCUUUUAUUGACAACGGGUGUUGUCGACCCACAGACUGGGACUGUUAACCCUGAGUUAGCCCAACAGUUGUCUAUUGUAAAUAAACAGAUCGGUAAGGUUCCAGCAGUACCAGGCCGAGAAGUGCAACUUGUAAUUAUUACAAGUAAAUAUGACCCUAAGUCUAAAAAGGUAGACAAUCCUAAUGGAUAUGUUCAAACAUUACCAGCUGUUAUAUCAAGCGAAGGUAAAAUAUACACCAGUAAUAUUGUUUUGGAUCCAAAAACGGGGAAGAUUGAGCGAACUGAUCCUAAGACAGGUAAGCAAGAAGUUUUGCAAGCAAUAAUUGAUAAUAAAACAGGUCAUUUUACUCUUGCUUCCAAUGUCAUUGACCCAAAGACUGGAAAAGCAGAUUCUUCACUUGCACAGCAUUUGUGUGUGGUGGAAUCACAAAAACGGGAUCCCGCAAAAUAUGUUAAUUUGGUUAUAAUAACAUCUAAAUAUGACGUAAAGAAUAAAAAAUUAGAUCUAUCACAACCCUAUGUUGACACGAUUGCUGGAAAAAUAGGUGCUGACAAUAAAGUUUAUACGGACAUAGGGGUAAUUGAUCCCAGUACUGGGCAAGUUACCUUUAUUGAUCCAAUAACCAAGAAACAAGACAUUAAAAAGGCAUCUGUCGAUCCCAAAACUGGGAACCUAAUGAUUACAACGGGUGUCGCUGAUCCUCUGACAGGAAAUGUUGAUCCAACUUUAGGGCAACAAUUAAGUAUAGUAGAAAAUCCAAAGGAUACCUUUGGUGCUGUCCCCGGAAAAGAAAUACAGAUAGUAGUUGUUACAAACAAAUAUGAUACGAAAAACAAACGACUAGAUAAUCCUAAUGGUCAUAUAGAGACUUCGCGUGGAGUCAUUUCCGCAGAUGGAAGAAUACAUACAAACCAUGGCAUUAUUGAUCCAAAGACGGGCAAAAUAGAACAUGCUGAUCACAAAACGGGCAAGAUGGAGGUCAGACAAGCUAUAACUGAUACAAAAACUGGCCACCUAAUUCUUACCUCUGGAGUCGUUGAUCCAAAAACCGGAAAGGUCGAUUCUAGUCUAGCCCAACAAAUUUGUUUAGUGGAUAAAGAUAUCAAGCCUUUGCAAAGAGAGAUGCAUUUAGUUAUUAUAACAACAAAGUAUGAUCCUAGAACGAAGAAAAUUGACGCAAAUCAAGGUUUCGUUGAUACAAUUAAUGCAACUAUCACACCUGAUGGUAAAAUAACUACAGAAAUGGGCACGAUUGAUACAUCGACUGGUGAAAUAACUAGAAUUGACCCUGUAACUGGCAAGAAGGAAAUAAAGAAAGCUAACGUGGAUCCUACCACCGGUCACCUGUUGAUAACAAGUCAAGUUAUUGACCCUAAAACUGGCAAAGUCGAUCCGACAUUGGCUCAGCAAUAUAGCAUUGUAAACAAAAAAGUUGUUCCACAUCCCAAACCUGUUUCUAAAGGUGAGAUUCGACUCGUUAUAAUAACGGGCAAGUACGACCCACGAACCAAAUCAGUUGAUGCUAAUUCUGGUACAGUGGAUGCUUCUAAAGCCUAUGUUAGUGUGGAGGAUGGUAAAAUACACACUGACUUUGGCAUUAUCGAUCCAAGAUCUGGGCAAAUACUUUACAAAGACCCAAUAACCGGCAAACAGGAGUUAAAACAAGCUGAAAUUGAUUCUCAAACUGGUAACUUCAUAGUGACAUCUUCUGUGGUAGACCCUCACACCGGUAAAGUAGAACCAUCCUUUGCUCAACAAGUCACCAUUGUUGAUAAACAGAAUGUACUGUCUAAAGUAGCGCCCGCAUCACAGAGAUCUAGUGUUUCCCCAGCUAAACAAAUUAUAUCUCCAGUAAAAACUCCAACACAGACCACUAUUCAAACGCCGCUUAAGUCACCAGUAAGAACUUCUUCUCCCAUCAUAAGUAGCCAAGCGCAAAAAGCUUCGCCAGUUACAUCAGUUUCACCCGUUCCAAAACCACCACCUGUUAAACCUACAGCAGCGCCUCCUGCUCCACCUAAAAGAAAGAUUGUUAAAAUUAUGGUUAUAUUCACCCGAGUCGAUCCUAAAACUAAGAAACCAGAUUUAAGUACAGCAGAAGUGGAGCAUAUCACUGGUAUACUUGACCCGAAUGGUCAGAUUGAAACUAAAUAUGGUGUUUUGGAUUCGAAUAAUGGAAACUUAGUGGCAACUGAUACGACUGGCCAGAGAAAGACAAAAGAUGGUGUUGUAUUCCCUGAAACUGGUCAAAUAUUCAUUCCAUCUGGUGCCGUUGAUCCGAAGACAGGUAAAGAUGAUCCAAACUUAGGUAUGAUAUUAAGCAUUGCCAAACAGGACGAUCCCCUUGUGGAAAUUACUACCAUCACGGGGCCGAUAGACCCAAGAACAGGAAAAGUUGAUAUUGAAAAUGGUUCUGUAGAACACACCAAAGGAAAAGUUGACGCUGAGACCGGACACAUUUCGACUAAAUAUGGAGUUAUCGAUCCCUCAAAUGGAGUUAUAUUUGUUACUGACACCUCAGGUGCACAGGACACAAAACCAGUAGAAAUCGAUGAAAACAACGGUCAAAUUUCUAUCAUGGGUGUAGCAGAUCCGAAAACGGGAAAAUUAGAUCCAAAACUUGGCCAAGUGCUAGUUGUGGGUACGCAUAUUGAUCCCGUUGUUGAAGUGACCACCUUCGUUGGCAAAGUUGAUUCAAAGAAAGGAAUAAUUGAACCUAAGCAUUCCGUUAUUGAAAGCACAACGGGACAGUUUAACCCGGACAGUAAUAAGAUAGACACAAAAUAUGGUCAAAUCGAUUUGGUCAAGGGCACGGUGACAUACAAUGAUCCCAAGACGGGUAAAUUCGAAAGCAAGGAAUUCAACGUUGACCCAGUCACGGGCCAGUUCCUUCUUAGAGGCGGGCAGAUUAAUCCAAAGUCUGGUAAACCAGACAAAGACAUUGGCCGCUUGAUUUGCUUAAGAAUCAUUCGUAAUAAAGUAGAUCCUGUAUCUGGCAAACAAAUCGUUUCCAACGAUCCCAGGAAUGUUAAAGUAGAUCCUAAAACAAACCAAAUCUGGAUCGCUGGCCCUAAAGACCCUCAAACUGGAGAGGUGCUUUACACUGCUGGCCAAAUCGACCCCGUCACAGGUUAUAUAAUAACCAUAUACGGACGUCUUGAUCCGAAGACAGGCACGAUUAUCAGGACAACGGAAAUCGACAAAACUCUUAUUAAGGUCGACCCGAUUAAUGGGCAAAUUUACACAGCAACCGGCGAGGUCGACGAAGACAAUCAGCCGUUGUAUUCGGCUUCCCAAGUGGACCCCGGCUCCGGUGAAAUAUACACCAAGCUGGGCAAAAUUGAUCCUCGCACCGGCAGGCUGAUCAUAAUCAAAAUAUUCGUAAUAACGCAGAAGGACGAAAAGGGACGCGUGAAGGAGGUGGACCCCAGGGAGUGCACAAUAGACGAAACAACCGGCAGGAUCAUCACAACGAAGACCGUGUACCUGUACCAAAUCAUUGACCCGAUAACCGGCGAAACAAUCGACGUGGACCCCGACGACCCCAGACUGAAGGGCGCCAGGACCACGGUGACGCAGACGAUGACGCUCUCCGGCAAAAUAGACCCUAUCACCGGCAGGAUAAAGACCGAGUACGGCGACAUCGACCCGGACACAGGAGACAUAGACCCCAGCACGGCGGUCAGGGACCCCGUCACGGGGCAGCUGAUACUGCACUACUCCCAAAUAGACCCCUCGCACUUCGAGGACAAGAGCGGCAACUACACGAUAGAGAAGGAGACCCAGGACCUGCCGGCGAACAUAGACAUCCAGACGGUGAACACGCACAAGUUCUCGACAUUCGGCAAAGACGAGAGCCCGGCGCGCGGCGACGAGCCCAAGACCUUCACGGAGUACACCACCAGCGAGCACAUCAGGCACCAGGGGUACGCGUCCAGCACCCCCCUGUCCUCGAAGAUCCCCGUUUCGCAGAGGACGAAAAAGACCCCCACCCCCCCUGUUGUGGUCAAGACCACGACCAAGCAACUCCUCACCAAAAACGAGGAGGGAGUGACCCACAACGUCGAGCAGGAGGUCGAAAACCUCGGCACUGGUGAGGUCACCUUCUCCACUCACACAAACAAGGCGGAAAGCCUAGAACCGAUGGAGGGGAAGAGCCCGUACGUCACCGCUCGGGCGGUGACCACCCGGACGGCGACCACCCACCACGACCUCGACACGAAGGCUAAAACGCAGCAGAUGGAAGAGAAGACUGUAGCGCACACCCUCACCUCAUCCGCCACGAGGCAGGAGCAGCGCGUGCUCACUCAGCAGGUCAAAACGAUGGUCACCACCGGCGAUCAGCUGACUAGGCGCGGCUCGGAGAGCUCGCUGAGCAGCGGCGACUCCGGCACGCCGAUCGACCUCGAGGAGGCCGCCGAGGGGGCCUACUACGUCACCGAGCCGGGCUCGUACCGCACCACCACCACCAGCACCGUGAUGGGCAACGCGCCGUUCGGCAGCAUGCUGCAUGGCGCCACCACCAGGACCAGCAUAGGUCCCGAAAUAGCCGAGAGCAAGCUGGAGGACGUAGCCGAGGGCGAGGUGGUCUCCUCGCAGACCAUCAGCUCCAAGACGCGCACCGUCGAGACCAUCACGUACAAGACGGAGCGCAACGGUGUGGUGGAGACUCGAGUGGAGCAAAAGAUCACCAUUCAGUCCGACGGCGACCCCAUCGACCACGACCGCGCCCUCGCCGAGGCCAUACAGGAGGCAACGGCGAUGAACCCCGACAUGACCGUGGAGAAGAUCGAGAUACAGCAACAGAGCACGCAGCCC